UCUAUUUUUUACAUGCACAAUUUUGUUUAAAAUGUUUUGUGUAUCAAUGAAUUGAUUGUAUUAUGGUCACGUGACGAGCCGCAGCACCAUCCUCAUUUGCAGUGACCCUCCAUUAGGAGGUUAAUCAGUAGCUGUGUGUUGGGUGGUCCCAAACAGAGAACACAGCCUUAAUCAUGUGACCUUUUUACAUUUAACGAGCUGCAUGAGUUUUUUAAUCCAGUCAGCAGAGCUGUGCACCACACUCAUCAUCUGCAGCCGGACCAGACCACUUCAAGCAAGCCCUCCAACACCAGAACCAGCCUGUGACCUCUCAUCCUUCUCUGUUUAGGAAUUCUGCAAAUAGAAGUGGAAAUCUAUACGAAGAGAAGAAUCUUUACCUAUUAUGGAGCUGUCUCUGGCACACCCAGCGGUUAAAGCCUUCAUGUGCGGCUCCUUCAGCGGGACCUGCUCCACCCUGCUGUUCCAGCCGCUGGACCUGGUCAAAACCCGCCUGCAGACGCUGCAGAGCACCGUGCAGCCGGGGUCCGGUAGAGUGGGGAUGAUGACGGUGCUCCUCAGUGUGGUGCGGACAGAGCGCCUCCUCGGACUGUGGAAGGGCGUUUCACCGUCUUUUGCUCGGACCAUCCCGGGAGUGGGGAUCUACUUCAGCACCUACUACUCCCUGAAGCAGCAUUUCUUCCAGGACGCCAGGCCGGGGCCCCUUCAGGCUGUGCUGCUGGGGGGAGGAGCCCGCACCGUGGCGGGGGUCCUAAUGCUGCCGGUUACCGUAAUAAAGACGCGUUUUGAAUGUGGCAGGUACAGCUAUGUGAGCGUGAGCGGCGCUCUGCGCAGCGUGUGUCAGACUGAAGGUCCCGCCGCUCUGUACUCUGGCCUCAUGCCCACUCUCCUCAGAGACGUCCCUUUCUCCGGGAUCUACGUGAUGUUCUACAGCCAGACUAAAGCCUCCUUACCCAGAGAGAUCAGUGAGUCUCCCUCUGCCCCUCUUGCAAGCUUCAGCUGCGGGAUCCUGGCUGGUGUUCUGGCCUCUCUGAUCACGCAGCCUGCAGAUGUCGUCAAAACACACGUCCAGGUCAACCCCCAGCUGAAGACGCCAGAAGCAAUCAGAUACAUCUACAUGACACAUGGAGCUCAGGGCUUCUUCAGAGGAGCGCUCCCUCGCUCUCUGAGGAGGACCAUGAUGGCGGCCAUGGCCUGGACGGUGUACGAACAGAUGAUGGCGCACAUCGGGCUAAAGUCCUGAAGGAGGACGGUGGCGAGAAGAGAGCCAGAGAGGAACGACAGUGACUUGUUUUUAUUUCACUGCAGCGUCGAGACGGAUGAGUGACAGCAGAGAGCUGGUCUCGCUCGCUGGCGUCUGACACGUCAAGAGAAAUGUAGACGGUGUGGGACGGCAGACGCCGUCUAUUAGGUCUGUGAAGCUGAAAGCUUCCAAAUAAUGCAGGUACCAGGUUUCUGUUGCACUGAGAGUUUGGAUGGGAAUACUGCAAAAGCUGAAGAUUGUUUCCAGCAUUUGGAAAUUCUAAAGUACCUCUGAGUAGUUUUGUCACUUCAUUAUGGAUUUGCACCUUAAUCUCAGCAAGAGGAACUGAAGAAACUGAGAUUAAAGUUUUCUUUAAUCAAGAAAAGUUUUAUGCAUGACUGUUUUAAUUGCAAAAGUGUUUACAGUCAUUUUGUCAAUAUAUAUAUUUUUUUAUGAUUAAAGGAUAAAACACUGUUGUGAUCUGAAUGUUUGUCUGUACUGAAAUUCCUUCAGAAUAAAUGAUUCCGCACCUCA